AUGGGAUUGAUGGUCUUGGUUCUCUACCUCGUGACUUUUGUCUUGUUUCGUCUUGUUGCUUGACUGUUGGAUAGAUGAUGGAUGGAUGGGGGUGUCCUGGGUGAGAGGUGAUGUGAUGGGUUCGAGGUGAGUCUUGCUUGCUGGCUCGGCUUUUACCCUGUUACAGAACUUACUUUGCGUCCUCUCACUUGUUUGACUCUUUUGAGGGGGUAUCAUUUGAUGGGGUUAUAUUCUUCUACUCUUCUACUCUUCUACUCUUCUACUCUUCUACUCUUCUACUCUCAUACUCUUCUACUCUCAUACUCUCACCAUCAACCAUGACUCCAUCACCCCACCUCGCAACAUCCAAUACCGCCACAGCCCAGCCGUGCUUCUUCUUCGAGCUUCCCCCGGAGUUGAGAAAUCGCAUCUACGAGUAUGUCGUCACCCUGGAUGAGCACAUAAGAAUCGGGUACAACGAUGACUUGGAAACAACAUCCAAAGAGUGGCAUUACGUACAAACAGGACAAAUCAUCUGUUCACUCUCCCGUUCGCAGUGGCAUAGUCUAUACCUCAACAUCUGCCUUGUUAAUCGUCAGCUGUUUGAAGAGGCAGGACAAAUCUUCUGGGGGGAAAACACUUUCGUUUUCACCUCCUUCACCGACGCAUUGCGGUUCCUUCGGAGUAAGAAUGGUACGACGCUUAGCAAGAUCCGCAACUUGGGCAUCGUUUUCUCGGAAGAGAUGGAUGAGGCCGGUAUAGAAAUUGAUCAAGACAUGAUGAAAGCCUUGACCAAAUUCUGCACUCUCGUAGCAAGUAAAUGCCACCUCCGAAGCCUGGAGCUGGGCAUCCACAACGACAACACCCCCGGAGACACCAACCCCCAUCUCAACCCACAAACACCACCCCACAAACAAAUCGCCACAUGGGCUCACCCCCUCCUCCAAAUCCACACUCUCCAUCGACUCCGCAUCUACUGGGAAUACAAAGACCUCGUCCACCUCCCACGCACGCUCCAAACCGCCGCCCUCCUCCGCUCCGCCAUGCUACAAAACAGCACCACCAUCCCCCCCAACCGCGGCAUCUCAGUCCGCUCGCGCCACCACCUAUCCCACAGCAACCGCCGCACCCCGCACCGCGCCCUAAAGUUCGAAAUGCACCUAACCAGCACCGGCAAAACCCUCCUCCCCCGCGAGCGCAGCACCCGCGUCCUCCCCAACGCAUGGUGCACAGCAUGCGGUCGCUUCGCCACCCUCCCCUCGUGUGCAUGCGGCGCGAAACAAACCCUAGACACGUGUCCAACCUGCAACGACGUCGUCCACACGUCGUUCUGCGCGUGCGGCGUCGAGGCGAGGGGGGGCGUGUAUACCGCCGACCCUGCGGGCCUCGCUCAAGUUCUCAAUCUCGAACAGGUCGGGCCGGUGGGCGGGCGGGACGUGUGGGAUGCAAGGAAAUGGGGGGAUGGGGCGCUGCAUGAGUAUUUGUCGCAUGGCGUGACGGAGGGGCAGUUUUUCGAGGCUAGGGCCCUGCUGGAAGGUGGGCUUCGGCUUGAGCUUCCUGGGCCGCUGGAUGGGGAGGAUUAUGCGGCGAGUGAUUUUGGGGAGGGGGAUAGUUUGCUUUCGCUGCAUGAUUGGGAUGAGAGGAUGCUGGAGGUGCUGGGUGGGGAGCUGGGUGGUACUGCGCCUGGGGAGCUGGGUGGCGGUGGGGAUGCGAGUAUGGGGGAGGAAAUUCCGAAUUGCGAUGGGUCGGAGGAUGGGCUUCUUGGAUAGACAACGAUGGCUCGCUCGUAGAAGUGAGUAUGUCCAUGACGGCUGCCGGGGCUGACAGUGAAGAAGAGAGCAAGGUGGGAAGCGUGGUUGAAAGAUUAUGAAACUCACACUCCUCUUACCAGUCUUACAUAGCUCGCCUUCACGAUUUCCACAUCCGUUUUCUUGGGACUUUUGCUCGUGGCUUUUGUUACUUGGACUUCUCUUUCUUAGAUGCAUGGGUCUAGCAGCUACUAUUUGUUUGAUGCCUUCCUUAGAAAGGGGAGAUAUUAGUACAAUAAUAGAGGGAAACGGAAAAGUUUCAAGUUCAGUUUUUGUACAAAUUCUGGAAACUCCACUGUAGCAUUCACAAGAAAGACGUGAAGUACAUCGAUAGUCCAUCCCAAGAGGGGCUAGGCCAGUCCAGUCCUCCACACCAACCCCACGCCCACGCCGCAUCCCCGU